AUGCCGCUACACCUACUGGGUAAAAAGUCUUGGAACGUCUACAAUGCGGACAACAUCGCCCGUGUCCGUCGCGAUGAGGCUGCCGCAAAGGCCAAGGAGGAGGCCGAGGAGCAGCGCAUGCAAGAAGUCGAUGCCGAGCGCCGACUAGCUAUCUUACGGGGCGAGGAGCCACCGCCACUGCCUCCAACAGAAGAAACCCCUGAUGAUGAGCCAAGACAUCGGGACCGUGAUGCCGGUUCGUUCGGCAGGGAGAGAAAGAAGCGCAAGCGCGCUGGCGAGGACGACACUGACUUUGAGUUACGUGUUGCAAGAGAGCGUUCAGGCGUCGUGCAAACAGCCAACGAGACCUUGCGCAAGUCAACCAGCUCUGCGCCGAUCGUAGAUGCAGCUGGGCACAUUGAUCUUUUUGGCGAAGAACGAAAACAGGGUCGUCAUCUAAAGAAUGAAGAAGCGGAGAAGGAAGCGGCAAAAAGGAAGAAGGAAAUGGAGGACCAGUACACAAUGCGAUUAUCAAAUGCGGCCGGCAAGGACGGUAUGGUCGGCCCUUGGUACGCAGCAUCUGGGUCAAGAGCUGAACUCGCAGAGCUCGAGCCCGCCGGCAAGGACGCAUUUGGCAACGAAGACCCAGGAAGGAAGAAGAGAGACGAACAGAGGAUAGUAGCGAAUGAUCCUCUUGCCAUGAUGAAGAUAGGAGCAUCCAGAGUAAGAGAGGUGAAAAAGGAGCGCCAAAGAUUUGAAGCUGAGCGACAGAAAGAACUUGAGCAGCUGCGCAAGGAGGAGAAGCGAAAGGAGAGACAUGAGCGGCGGAGACGAGAGCGGCGGAGGGACGAGGAACGCCACCCUCGAGAUACGUCUCGUGAAAAGGACGAUGGUGAAGCCAGAUCCCGUUCAAGGAGGGACAGCGAACGCCAUCCUCGAUCCAGUCGAGACGAUGGGCCCGUCCGAGGCAGGAACCGUCAUCAUGAAGAGAGAAGCCACAGACACGAAAGAAGGGACGAAAGCGAUAGGCGAUCCAGAAGAGAUGAAAGGAGUCGCCAUGACGGAAGAGGUGAGAUGAAGCACGAACGAAGCAAACGAGACUCUGAUUCACGACAACGAGAUGACCACCGACGGCCGGGAGAACCUCAAGAGCCAAGCAAGUUUUGA